AUGUCGAAGAAGAGGGGCAGAGAGCAGCCUGCUAUCAAUACACAAUUGGUGGAGAUUUACGAGGAUCUAGCUAAUGUGGAUGAAAACAUUCGACUGAAAGCAGCCCAAGCUUUGCUCACGAAUUUUGUAGCGGAUGGCAAAUCUACGGGCGAGCAGCUCAACGAGAUUGUGAGGAGGCUGCUCAGAGGCCUGUGCAGUGGGCGAAAAGCUGCUCGAUUGGGCUUCUCGGUUGUCCUUACUGAGCUCUUAAUUGAACUUUUAGGCCCAAGUGGAAGGAGCGUUGCUGGGUUUCAAAAUGUCCUAGAGUUGAUUGAGACUCUGAAGAAUCAGAGUCAAGUAUCCAGCAAUGUAUCUGGCCAGGAAGAGCGAGAUCACCAGUUUGGACGACUCUUUGGCGCAGAAUCUAUUAUCAAAUCGGGAAUUCUGUUUCAGCCGAGCAUGGGAGUUGAGGCUUGGUCUAACAUCUUAGACAUCGUCUAUGAAUUGGCAAAGAGGAAGCCCUGGCUAAGGGAAGAAUGUGGCUUCAUCUUGUUCAAUUCCAUUCAAAUAUUGAAGGGCAAAGACUUGGAGUACGCUCAAUUGAUAAUUGACAAGUUGCUAGCCAAAGGGCUUUCCAAGACACCCCAGGGAGUAGCAAUAUGGAUUGGGAUCCAGGCAGAGUUCCCUUCGAUUGCUUUACCGCGCGGCGUGUGGCAUCACGAGGACCCCUUGAAUCGGAAAGACAUUUCCAGAUUAGCCAAGAUACUGAUGGAAGCCUCCGCAACUACUUCGCCACAGAGUGUCCUUGAGUCAGAGACUACUACAAAUGGUGCUUGGGCUACCAAGCUUCAAUUUGCGUGGGACGUAGUACUGGCUGAGUUGCUGGAUUUUCACCCACAAGGCCUGCAGAAGAGUGCAAAACCCGCUAAACGGAUGAGAUUUGCGGAGUUUUGGGAGGAGUGUAUUGAUAUACUUUCUGACAUUUUCACACAAAACCUGAUGCGAUGUCUCACCAACCAGCUUGCCUCCCCAGAGCGUUACCUCCACCGCGCUGCCGAGAGAUCCAUCAAGACAAUUCUUGCCAGAGCUCGAUCGAAUCCAAAUACCAGGGCACCAAUGCUAAAAGCUCUUCUGGAUCCUGUAAACGGAGACAUCAAUUUCGAUAAAAUUACAAAGACCAAGACAGUGGAAACUCUAAUCUCUCUGGUGGAUGACCCGUCUUUUGAGCAAGUGGUCGGGAUAUACGAAGACUUGAUCUUGCGACCCGGAGUAGACGAUGAGAAGACCGCAGCCUCAAGACGACAGUCUGCAGCAGACCAGCUUGUCUCGGCUGUCCGGACUAUACAACACCAUUCUACCGAACAAGUUCUCGCGAAAAGCGAAUUUCUCGUUAAUAUCCGCAGAAUCUUGGCUCUUUUAGCAAAGUGCGCUUACUUCGAGGUUGACAAUGCUCCGAACGACCAAGGCGACAGUACAGGUCCGAAAAUCUCCCAGGCGUCACGAGAGAUGUUCAGAACGCGUAUCUCGUCAUGUUUAUCGAGCCUGGUCGCUAAGCCAAUAAGGGAGCCGUCCUAUUUUGCCUAUGAGCUUGUAUGCAAUAUUCAUGGCCGAGAAGAGAAUGCGAACCAUCCCCACGUUGUCUUGAACGCCGAUGAAAAUGUGCGUAACGUACUCAGGAAGGCGUGGCAGACACUGAGAAAGGUUCAUGCUCAGUCUAGUUGUGAUCCAGAUGAAGAAGCGCGAUUCUUUCGUGCUCUUGAGCUCUUGUACUCCUUAACUAUCCUACAGGUGCAUAAUGAGGAAGCUGACGCCGUUGGUAUUUUGGUCGAGCUCAACCACAGCUUCAAGCCUUUACUUCAAAAGAAGAGGCGUCCUCAGGACUCUGCGACCUUGAUAGAGAUACUUUUGAGCUUCAUAGCAAAACCGUCGCAGCUAUUUCGACGCCUGGCUCAGCAGGUCUUCACAGCUUGCGCAUCCGAGCUUGACGAUACUGCUUUGCAAUCCAUGAUCGAGAUUUUGGAAACAAAGGAGAGCCUGUCAGGCCAGUCACAAAUGUUCGACCAAGAAGAUGAGGAAGGACAGGCGGGCUCGGCGUCUGACGUGGAGGAAGUCGAUUUGGCCAAGACCGGGUUAGGAAGCUCUUCCGCAGAGGAAGAGUCCGAUGAAGGAUCGAGCGACACAGAUGCGGCGGACUCGGAUGAAGAUGAUGGAUUGGCAGAACUGAACGCAAAACUUGCACAGAUUGUGGGUACUCGGCCUGGCAACGAAGACGUAGACGCAGAAGACAGUUCCUCCUCGGAUGAAGGGAUGACGGACGAGCAAAUGUUCGAGCUGAACGGGUCUCUGGAGAAUAUCUUUCGAGAGCGAAAGAAGGUCACGAGCAAGAAGACUGAGAAGAAAGACGCCAAAGAGAACAUAGUCAAUUUCAAAUGCCGAGUGUUGGAUCUCCUGGAGAUUUACGUGAAGCAAGAGCACGGCAAUGGCCUAGCUUUAAGUCUUUCUCUACCGAUCCUCGCGCUGGUCCGAACGACAACAAGUCCGUUGGUAUCUCGAAAGGCGUGCGAUGUCAUGAGGGAAUAUGCUCGGCUUUGCAAAGGGGACGGGAUGCCACACAUCGAGGACAGAGAGUCUGUAUUUGAUCUGCUUGAAGCGGUUCACGUUGAAGCUAUGAAAGAGGGCUCGAACGCUCAUGCUAGUGCGUGCAGUCAGGCAAGCCUGCUUCUUGUGAGAGUUCUAGUCGCUCAUGAUAGGGAAUGCCUGCGGAAGGUGGUGAAGGUCUAUGGCGCCACGCAAGAGCGUGCUCUGUUCGACUCGAGCUGCAAGGUGAAGACGUCAUUCUUCACGGACUGGCUUAAUUGGUGCACUUCAGCUAGGAAAUGA